AUGGCCGCUAUCCAACUCAACUUCACUCUCCGCACCUCCUCCAACUGCAAGACCGUGCACUUGCUCGGUUCCUGGGAUGGCUACCAGGGUCAGCUUCCGCUUUCCAAGGACCCCAAGAAGUCCGGUGGCUGGGUCGGAUCCUUCAAGUUCCAAGGACAGACUCUGAAGCAGGGACAGCGUUACUGGUACUACUACAUCAUCGACGGCUACCACGUCUCGCACGACCCCGCCAAGGACCACACCACCGAGCCCACUACUGGCCGCAAGCUUAACAUCAUCGACAUCCCGGCUGCCAAGUCGAGCUCAAAGACAACCACAUCCAGCUCAGACCGCAAGUCGCGCCGCGUCUCGACCGCUUCCAUUCCCAAAGGCCGCGGCCUCAGCCCAGAGCGCAUUGUCGCACCAAGGCCGCAGCGCCCACACGAGACCCGCCAGGUCAUCAACACCCAGUACGACAAGACCACACUUGAGGACCUCAACCGCCGCUUCGCCAAGCAACAAAUCGCAGAGUCGUCCGAUGAAUCAGACUACGACUCCGACGAAGGCUCUGAUGUUCCCUCGCUCACCAGCCGCUCCACAAACAGCUCUAGCCCGUCCAGUGUGAGCUCUGGUAGCUCAUGCUGCACCUGUGAGCGCUAUGGCAUCACGCGCGCUGGUGACCGCGUCAAGCUCGACUGCGGUGGUGCGCGAUGCGGAUACUCUGACGAUUCAUCCGACUGCUCCUCCGAGGACGAGUACGUGUACGAGGAGAAGACCACCCGCCGCCAGGGUGUCGUCAUCCGCUCUUAA